UCAAAAUGUAUAGUGAGCAAGUGAAGAACUACUUGACGCUAUCAACAGGUGGAAUUUACGUUGUUUCGAUUUUUUGAAGUUUUGUAAACACACCGUAUUGUAAAAAUGUUACUGAUAUUAAAUACAAUAUAGAUUUAUAGAAAAUAUAUUGCUUAUUUCAUCGAAUCAUAAUAAAUCUUUUCAUAAAAUGCCUCGACAUUGUGACGAAGAUUCUGGACGUAGUUCGUGUUCUGCAACAUCUAUAACAUUCAGUCCUGUCAUAGACUACCAUAAGUUUGAUACAAUGAAGACAAAAGGAAAAACACAAGAUUGUUCCUCAGAGCUCAAAGUCAGCACACAUCCAAGGAAUUUUAUUAACACCUUUAAAUCACCCAAUGAAAAGGAACCCUUUCCAAGCUGCAGGCUGCCAAGGAAUCAAAGGAAAGCAGUUUUUAGUUUGUUUGACACCCCAAGACUAGGAGGUUUAAGUAGUGCUCACUCAACAUAUAAUAUCGCCAGCAGCACACAGCUUGAGGCCUUGUCCAGUAAUGCGGUUUCCAUGACAGGUCUUAAUGAUGGUCAUAAAAUUGAAAAGGAGAGCCAUAAUAGCAAUUUUAGAAGAGGAAAACCUGUUCAGAGAGCAGCUUCCCGCCUGUAUAAAGCAGAUACAGUCAAAGGAAAAGAAGGAUGUGUCGGACCAGAAUUCAUAGUGAGGGCUUCACAACCAGCUAAACAUAUUGAUUUAAGCAUAUCAUCAACAUCUGAGAAACGAACAAUCAAUGUUGUUCUAUUGAACGGUCAAAAAGUAGAUGUGGUAUGUGAUUCGAAUACUGUGACGGCUGGACAAAUUUUUGAAGCUUUAGUGUACAGUGAGAAAUACGAACAUAACUUUAUGCUCGGUGUUGCUAUAUUAAUCUGUGGAGAUUUUAUAUUUCUGCCGGAUGAUUACAAGCUGAAGAAGGUUGCUCCCGAUUCAUGGCAUAAAAACAUGAAAAACAAAGUCAAUGUUGAGGAUGCUUCGCUGACAUUAUUUCUGAGAAUAAAAUUCUUCUUGCCUAAAAAUAUUUCAAAUAGUAUACAGGGUGGUGACUGGAGGUAUAGAGUGUAUUUGCAAUUACGACGAGCAACCUUAGAAGGACAAAUGGUAUCAACGAUACAAAAUCUUAUACUCCUCGCCGGCUAUGCAUUACAUAUAGAAUUUGGGGAGUUUAACUACAGAGAACAUGGCACCGCUGAUUACUUUCUACUAGAACAUUAUCUGCCAGAAUUCAUGAUAACACAUGACAUGGCUGACGUUAAGCUCAAAAUGAAACGGGCUCACGAAUCUCGACGCGGUUUGGAGAAGAGCAAGGCCAUAAUAAACUAUAUAACAUUAGCUCAAACAUUUAGGGACUAUGGUGCACAUUUCUAUUCAGCGGUUUGGGCUACGAGAGACGGCUUCUGUAGAGAUGUCUGGCUUUCAAUUGGACCGAGAGGUGUCACACUUUAUUCCAGAAAUAACAUCUCCGAAGAAACAUCCAACACUGUCCGGAUAGUCUUACAGAGCUUGCCGUGGCAUCACAUUCAUACGUUCUGCUAUAACAAAAAAAGCCUUUAUAUUAUGCCAAAUGCAUAUUCGGGGCUCUCCAAAAUAGGCAUCAAAUAUAAAUUAAAAAUGUCGGAUAACAAGAGCUUUUUUGCAUUUUGGCUUGCGUCUUUCCAUCACAGACUCUAUUUAAAGCUAUAUGCAAAAGAGGAUUUCAUCAAUUAUUUGUCGAGUGAACUCAAUUGCCCAAUAAAGACGGCGAAUAGUCCAAAGAAAUCCGUAGAGUGCAGUAAUUAUCAGGAUAGUUACAAUUUGGCUGUCAGAAACCCGUCGAGGGUUCGGAGGCCGGUUAGAAGGAGAUUCAAAGUUGAUCUUUUUAGUGACAAAAGAAAUAUGAAUAAAGAAAACGAGAAGCCAAACACUGAGGAGUUAUUACGGCAAAUAUUGUCACCCGCAGCCAGCAACGACAAUAUACUACAGUCUCCAAGUGGAAAAGCGCAUAGAAGCUCUUCAAACGAGGGUCUGUCGUCAUCUGAAAGUAGUUUACCGAAACGACAUCGAGUAAAGAUGGGAACUAGAGUGUUUAACGGUAUGAAGUCUAAUCUAGAUGUUAGAUUCUCUCAAUCCCCAGCUAAGAUGCUGUCAGUGAGAUCGGACGGAGAUCUGGCCACCACGCAAAGUGACUCCGACGAUUUAAGUUCAGAGCAAAGACAAUGCCAUAUAAAUAGUAUGAAGUUAUUACCGGAGAGAUGUUACAGUCAAAGCAUGCUGCACGCGCAGACCGCUUAUGUCCUGGAAUCCCCGAAGGUCUACUCCGACGUUUUCAACUACGACACCGGCAACGAAUCCUGUGUAAAUACUUCAUUAUUCGAAAAAUUAGAUAAUAUGGAAUGCGUGCAAGGAGAGAGGGUAUUCGUCACUACCGUAUUAGAGAGGGACAAAAUGAAUGCCUUAGGUUUGCAAGUUGCCGAAGGCUCUGAUGGUAAUGUAUACAUAAAAUCUAUAACCCCCGGAAGUUCGGCGGACAGUUGUGGAAAACUUUUGGCAGGAGAUCAAAUCAUAUCAGUGAAUGGGCAAACUCUACUUAAUCUGAAAUACGAUAAGGCUUUAAGUAUGUUGCAGAGCGCUCCAGAGAGGGUAGAACUUAUUGUGUUACAAAAUACUACAAAGAAUAACUUCACAGACAAUAUCCAUUGCUCCCAACAGUUAAAGCAAAGCUUAAGACAUAGCAUAGCAAGCGCUUUGGAUGCAGAAGGGACGGACGACGAGCUGAUCGACGAAGAAGCGUUGAAGACCAUUUACGCUCUUAUAAAACUGACUAAAGAAAAAGUUAUAAAUAAAAUGCAAGACAAAUCCACUAAGCAGAACACACCGAAUUGGUCGAACUUAAAAAAAUAUCAUUCAGAGAACAAAGUUUACGAAUCAGACGUGGGAUCAUCACAAGAGAACGCCCCUCACAAGAAAGAUAAUGUCAAGUUUAAUACAUGGCGCGGACAGCUGGCGGAAAAACCCAAGCGGCGACCUCUUAGCUUAAGCAUACCGACAGACAUCAGUCUCCCCGAUGACUACCUGAACGGUGACGAAGUCAUGAACAAGACUUCAUUGAAGUCUAUCAAGUCUUCCCUCAACAGUAUUGAUAGUAAAAGCGUCUCGAGGAACGUUGCCUUGCCUCGUAACUUUGGUAUGAGCAGACGAUGGCUAGGUCCAGUCAAAUACCCGGUGACGCCGUGCAAAAACAGCGCCACCGAUGUUGUAGCCGAUGGAAACAUAGUUAGGAGACAUUUUGUUUACGGCACGGGGGACUCGGACGAAGAGCAGAUAUUUCUGUGACAUCUUUAUUUCUAAGUAUAGUCUUAUAUUGAGCAAUAACAAAUAAAUCCGUUUACAAAGAUGACUAUUAUAUUAAAUAAAAUAUAUUAUUUCUAACUAA